AUGAGAUACACUCCUAAUAAAGAUCUCUUACCUGCAUCAACCACUAUAGAGCAAAUUCAAUCAAAUCCAGACGCACUGAGACCAUCUCCAUUUCAAUUUAGACAGUCAAAGUCAACAGGCAAAUGGCAUCCACCACGUUACUCACGUCGUCAACAAGCUGAUCUCGUUAAAGAAGCUAGAAUAGAAGGUUUAUUGCAUUUACUACCAACUUCAAUAAAGAGUAGUGUAGAUGAUAUAAAUCUAAACAACAGCGAGAAACCUUUCAAUUGGCAGGAGAAAGCUGCGUUUGAUGUACAAGCGAAGUCACCUCGUGCAGUAGCAGAGAAGAAGUUCAGAGGUAGCCUCUGGGAGAGGAAUCAACCAAAGAGACAAGCUGCUAUAGAAGAGAAUAUGGAGAGUAUGCAGCAAAAGAUAGAAUUCUGGAAAUUGGAUAAAGAACAACGUAAGAAAAAGCAUACACCACCAUUACCAUUCUAA